AUGUUCUACAAAGAAUCAGUCGAGGAGAAAAAUAGAAAAACUGAAAUUGCUGAAUUGAAAAAAGAGUUGAAAUCCAUCCCAAUGGUCGAUGAGUUUCCCAAAUAUGCCAGACUGGAGAGGCAGAUUAAAAAAUUAUCUACUGAAUCCAAUAAAAUAUCUCAAGCUAGAUCACAAAGUAUUGUUAUAAGAAAAUGUGUCCUCAUCUUCAUUGUUAAUUUCAUUCAGUUGUUGAUUUCUGGUAUUGUUAUAUGGAUGUAUAAGUCAGAGCCUGUUGUUGAGAUUGAAUCAAAGUGGGUUUUUCCCAUAAGCUCUCUACUCUCCAUGCCUUCUGGGUCUUCAGGAGUGAUCAGUGCAUUUGUUUGGAUCAUCAUCUGCAGAUGUGCCAUUUCGCAAAUUCACUCCAUAUUUUUUAAUGAUUUCGGUUCAAAACAGUCCUUGUAA